AUGGCACUGCUAUUUCUGCUGUUUUUGCUGCUUCUGCUGCUUCUGCUUUUGCUGCCGGUGCUGUCUCUGCGGCCUUCACACGGGCACCGGCUUCGCGCCAUCCCCAGCUUUCGUCGCUCCAUCGCCCCGGAGCGCUGGGUUGCUGCAUUGUCAGCACGUGUAGCAUCCCUGCGUGCUUGCAACGCUGGAAGCUCCAAUCGGGCACAAAAACGGGUGGCAGCACUGGAAAUGAGCCUGCGGUGGUUGGACAGCCCGAUUGGGAAAGAGCGCAGCACGAGAAGCACAGGAGGCACGGGAGGCACACGCAGCACAAAAACACACAAACAGCCCGUUUUCAGGCUCCGACGGGAGAAGCCAGCUGCCACCGAGCACGAGCCUCUUUGA